AAAACCAAAUGUUUCUCGGUUUCCACCAUCUUUGGAACCAAACUUUGAAGAUCCACAAAAGAAGAAAAAUGCAGCAUGCCUUCUCACACUGAAGAAUGUAUGUUUGAAGUUGGUCUCUAAUGAUUGCACGAUCAUCAUCAUUUGAGAAAUCAUCAGUCAAUUUCAGCUAGCUAGCAAGCUUGUCAGCAUCGAACUCAGAGAACGAAUUCUUUUGAUUAAUGCAUGAGAAGCUCAAGAUUAUCUCUGAAGAUGCUUCGUUAAAGCAAUUAUUCAUCUUGGUGCAUAUCUUGUCAAUGGCAACAUAGAAGAUCGAUCUCGAUAAAGAUAGAGAUCAUUUGAAGUCAUCCCAUCAAGCCUCGAAUGGCCCCAAACUUGUAUUUUUUCUUCCAUAUUGGGAAUCAGAAUACUUGGCCAACACAAAAGUGUUAAACUGCUGGCGAGAUGACAGUGGGCGGAGCUAGAGCCUAGUCCCUGGUGGGCGGUCCACGGGGUGAUCAGCGGCGAACUAGUCUGGCGAGAUGGUUGGAGGAGUCCGGCGAAGGCCACAAGCGGAGUUCGGCAGAGUCCGGUGACCUAGCAAUGCAGAGCUCGGCCCUCACGGAAGCAAGCAGGGCCGGCAAAAGAGAGGAAUCGGGCUGGUGGAAAAUUGAUGUUUGGUAGGGAAAAUCUAUCCAGGUGGACAAGUUGCGGCGUCCAGAAUCAUUCGGCAGGGGAAGCUUAUGAGGAAUUCAAGCAUAUACUGCUGGUUUUAAUAUAUGACAAAGAUGAUCAAUCUUCCCCAGUUGCCAAUGAGUGGUCUAUAAACAGGAGAUUUGAACUUGCUGGGUUGCUAUCGUCCAUAUUAAGAGCUCAUCUACAAGCUUACGAUCCUAUUCUCUCAAUGACCCUAAGAUACUUAAUGAGCAUUCACAAAGUAUUUUGCUCACGGCAAGGACUUUCAUCACCUAUAUCUGAUCUGACCGAUCGGCUGCUCUUUGAGGAUCGUGAUCCGCCUGCAGUUCCCCAGGAAUGUUCAGUAGAAGCACCACCAUUUGACGAGGUUGACAUUCAAGCCCUAGCACACGCGGUGCAGUUGACGAGACAAGGCGCUGUUGACAGCUUGAAGUUUGCAAAAGGAGAUUUAUAUCAAGCAUUUCAGAACGAAUUGUGCCGAAUGAAGCUGGAUAUGUCACUUCUGGAUAAACUUGUACACGAGUACUGUAUAUACAGGGGGAUUGUUGAAGGCUGUUCUCAUGCCCAUCCUGGGACUUCUGACUUGAAAUCUGGUCAAACUAAUGGUGUUAGUUUUAUAAAUAAGCAAGGAGCAAAUAAUGAAACACAGUUUGAAUGUGAAAUGACUGACAAUCAGGAUGGUGGUUGUAGCACAAGUGAUAUUACCCAUCAUGAUUCUUGGUCCAAGAGAUUACGCAGGGUUAGGAGCAGUACAUCAGGGCAGGGAAGGCGGAAGAGAUGGAGAGGUCGAGCAGAUGAUCUAUGUUAUUCAUGCGAGACUUCAGGGGAUGCAAAUCUUGAAAUGCUGCCUCCUGCCUUUGACAUGGAUGAGGAUGUUGUGAUAGAAAAAAAGCACUUGGUGUCAGAUUCUGGUUUGUCUGAUACUAGAAACAUGCAAGAUCAGAAGUAUGAGGUUAUUUUAGAGAUGAGGGACCUGACAGGCAAAGGAAUGGCUUCCAAAGUUGUGGAUGAAAUAAACAGCAUAGAUCCUGAUUUCUUUUUUCAAAACCCUAUUCUUCUAUUUCAGCUAAAACAGGUUGAAUUUCUUAAGCUAGUCGCUGGUGGUGAUUGUGUAGCUGCUCUCAAGGUAGCAUCCUCUCAUCUGGGACCUCUUGCUUCCAGUAACCAAGCUUUACUGAAGCCUUUGAAGGAAACUUUGGUAACACUGAUUCAACCCAAUGAAGAUGUACUCACAAAGGCAGUAUCAUUGCCUGUUCUUGCUAGUUCUCUCCAGCUUGCGAUAAGCAGGAGGCUUGGUAUCAAAGAACCCCAGUUAAUGAAGAUAGUGAGGACAACACUUCAUACGCACACCGAAUGGUUUAAGCUUCAGAUGUGCAAGGACCGUUUUGAUCAUCAUUUGAAGAUUGAUUCUCUGAAAGAGUUCGAUCCAUCUGCGAGUCACAGUAUGUCCAAGGCUCUUACAGAUGAAUGUGGCAAUGGAUCAUCUCAAAUCACAACAUGCUCAAGUGGCAAGGUGCCAGAUGAAGGUAGUAGCCCACAGGUGUCGUCAGAAGUUGCAUGCGAUGAAAGCGCUAUACUCAAGGUUAUGGAAUUCCUUGCUUUGCCUAGGCCGGAUGCCAUCCAACUCCUCAUGCAAUAUGAAGGAAAUGCAGAAACAGUAAUCCAACAAAUAUUUUCAUAGUGUUUUGUGUAAAUGGCAUACACAUUUUAUUUGUUUUAGAAAGCAAAUUUUCCAUCACACUCUUUAGCUGUAUUUAAACUAGGUUCCCCCUUUCAGUCUUGUGUGCUAUCUUCUUGCCCAUGUAACAUUGAAACAUAGAAGAAAAAUAAGUCAGUUCACAGUUUUCAUGCAAGGCACCAAAGAAUAUGAGUGAACUUGUGAUAUGAGUAGGAAGGGUUUGAUCUUAGUUUGUCUUUUGCAUUACUCCUGAUUCGACAAAUAGGUGAGUAUAUGAUUAUGGAGACACCGACCAUAAAACUCACAUGGAUGUACCCUCCGUUGCUCUGUGUAAUCAUGUAACCGGGUGUUGUACAACAAUUGAACAAGUACAAUCUAUAUUUUAUUCCCUGUGUGACUUCUUUC